AUGGGGAGCGAAGCAACAGUGUUCAUCAUCGAUGUUUCACCAUCGAUGGUUUUACACCAUAAUGUGUCUAAAGCAAUGGCAUAUUUGGAGUAUACAUUAUUAGCAAAGGUCAAGAAGGCUAGGAAAACUGAUUAUAUCAGUUGUUUUUUGGGUAAUUCUCCAGUCACUGCAAAUUCUCAAGAUAUUCCUAAUGUGUUUGAAGUUAAACCCUUUAUAGCACCAAUUACUUCUUCUGAUGUGAUAGGUCUAGUUUCUAUUAUUAAUAAGGUAAAAAAUCAGAUUAGUGGUUCAAGUGAUGAAACAUUGGAAGAUGAUAUUUCUUCUAUGGUCCAAUGUCUGCUGGUUACUUCGUUGAAUAUGAAGGAAUAUUUUAAUAAACGUAAAUUGCUUCGACAGAUUGUUAUCUUCACUGAUGACAUAGAUGGUUUAGACCUUACUGAUGAGGAAAUGGAGGUUUUUGUAGAAGAGUUGGAUGCAAGAAUCAUAUUCAUCGAUUGUAGGGAGACAAAGUUGGCACCGAUUGAUGAAUCAAGAUGGGGGAAAUUAUUGGGAUUACUUCCUGGAUCUAGCAUAUAUGAUAUCCAUUCGUUAUUAGAAGAAAUAUCUUUACCCAAGGCAGCAAUUGUAAAGCCAGUACGUGUGUUCAGUGGUAAAUUGCGUUUAGGUGCCGAUAUUAUAGAACAGAUGAGCCAUAAGGAUAUUAUUAGAUCAGAAACUAGGGAUGAAAAUAGUAUAGCAAUUAAGGUGGAAGGAUUCCCAGCAACAAAGGCUGUUACUAGCUUAUCCAGAAAAAACGUAAUCAAGGAGGAACUCGAUACUGAUAAAGGAGGAAGAAUUAAUUAUAUACCAACUAAAUCAGUUGUCGAAUAUGAAAUUGAACCUAUUGGAGACAGUAAAGAAGAUAAAAAAGAAGGUGAGGAAAGUAAAAAAUUAGUUAGUGUUUCUGCCAACUCAAUUUCAAAGGCCUAUCGGUAUGGGACAGACUAUGUAGUGUUGCCAUCUUCGAUUUCAGAUGAAAGGUUUUACAAGACCAGUCCGGGCAUUGAUAUUCGUGGGUUUCUCGAUAAAGAUUUGUUACCAAGAUAUUACUUGAGUUCUGAAUCAAGAGUCAUAUUUGCAGAUACAAAAAUGGGGACGUUGGCAGAUGUUGUAUCUAUGGGGGCAUUUGUAGAUGUCAUGAUUGAAAAUGAUAAAGUAGCAAUCGUUAGAUAUGUUCAAAAGCCUAAUAGCGAAGUUGAAAUGUGUGCCCUUAUACCACAUAUAUUCAAACAGAAUAUUGGCGACGAAUCUGAAGAUUUGAGAGUGUUCAUAUUGAACAGGUUGCCAUUUGCUGAAGAUGAGCGUGUGUCAGAUUUCCCAAAAUUGACUGAACGUUAUUCAACGUCAGGCAAGAAAUUACACACCAAUAUUGAAAAAAAAAAAAAAAUCGACUCAAUGAUGUCAAAUUUUGUCGAUGAUAUGGAUAUGGAUGCGAUACCAAGUGUUCCUACAAAGGAAUAUUAUUCUUCAAUUGGAGAAACAGCAAAGGACACAACUUUGUUUUUCCCAGAAGAAAGAGACAACAAAUCUAAGGACAAUGAUCCAAUGAUUGUUCCGGCCAUUGAUAUUCAUUUCCAGAAGCAAGUACUUCUGGAAUGGAUCCAUCAAAAACUAAUCAACCAUAACGAAACAUUCGAGACCCCCAUGAUCUCAGAGACCCUUGAAAGAAAGAUAUUACCGAUUGAAUUGAACGAAACCGGCAAAAGUAACGUGACAGACUUACUUUCGUUGCUCCAACUUAAAGUCGUUGACGAAAAAGAAACCUCCACUACCCAAACAAUACUUACACAAAGGGAAGUUAAGCCGAUACCACCUCUGGAGGAAUUGUUGGCCAAGGGUAAAAGAGAUUGA